UGCUAUGAGCGGCAUUUCAAGAAAAUUAUCCAUUCGAAUACUGAUGAAUCGCUCGGUGAUUGUCAGUAUCUGAACAUGUGCUUCAACAUGAACUUUUGCAAGUACGUUCACUAUGAAAAGGACGAGAAAGACGAGGAGACAUUCAAGAUGCCGUCGAGAGAGAAAUCUUUCCCUCCGCAGUGGAUACAAUGCGAUUUGCGCUAUUUUGAUUUUAAAAUUUUAGGUAAAUUUUCCAUCGUCAUGGCAGACCCACCCUGGGACAUUCACAUGGAUCUGCCCUAUGGAACUAUGCCCGAUGACGUAAUGAAGAAACUCGAUGUCUCCUCUUUACAAGAUGACGGAUAUAUAUUUUUAUGGGUCACUGGCAGAGCCAUGGAAUUAGGAAGAGAAUGUCUGACACUAUGGGGCUAUGAAAAGGUAGAUGAACUGAUCUGGGUGAAAACAAACCAGUUGCAAAAAGUCAUUAGAACCUGUCGUACCGGACACUGGCUAAACCAUUCGAAAGAACAUUGUCUAGUAGGAGUGAAGGGAAACCUGACGGUCAACAAAGGUAUAGAUUGCGAUGUCAUAGUAUCGGAAAUCAGAGAUACGAGUCGCAAACAUGAUGAAAUCUACGGAAUUAUUGAAAGGUUCUCACCAGGAACAAGAAAGACUGAACUCUUUGGCAGGUUACACAACGUGCGACCCAACUGGCUGACAAUUGGAAACCAACUUUCCAGUGUUAUGUUAAUUGACUCGAAAAUGAAAGAGGCAUUUUAUAAUACAUACCCAAACGGAAUCUGUCCAAAAUAA